UCAAAUUCUUAUGCAACAUUAAAACAUUUAAGGAGGAAAAGAGCCUGUCAGAUUCACAUUUAGUUUACGCUGCACAGCUGUUGAGGAACAAGAAAUCAGUUUUACAGACUCAUUCUCGGUGUGCAGGUGUGACAUUUAGUCAGCACAAUGCCAGCAUUAGAGGGCCUAACUCCUGGACUGCCUCACCCCCAGGGCCUGUAUGACCCCACCCUGGAACGAGAUGCCUGUGGCGUGGGGUUUGUGGUCAAUAUUGAUGGGUCUAAGUCACAUAAGGUUCUGCGUGAUUCUCAGAUGAUGCUGGAGCGUAUGGAACACCGCGGGGCCUGUGGGUGUGACAACGACUCCGGGGACGGAGCAGGGGUUCUGACUGGGAUCCCCCACAAACUCUACGCAAGGAUCAUGAAGGAGGAACAGGGACUUGACCUUCCAGAGCCUGGGAAGUAUGCCACAGGAAUGUUAUUUGUGGACAAAAAUCAGAUAGAGGAGGUCAAGGUCAUGUUUACACAGAUAGCAGAGGACUUCCAGCUCAAGGUGUUUGCCUGGAGGAAUGUGCCAGUAGACAGCACACAGAUUGGACGGGUUGCCAUGACAACAGAACCGGCCAUAAUACAGGUCUUUGUGACAGGAAAUGGUGACAAAGCACAAUUCCAGCGUGAGGUUUACCUAUUGAGGAAGUUCAGUUCUCACCAUAUUCCUAAGCAGAAUCUUCGCUUUUAUAUCUGCACUUUGUCUACAGAGACCAUUGUAUACAAGGGACAGCUGAACACAGCCCAGAUAUGGCGUUACUUUCCCGAUCUUUCAGACCCAGAGUACGAGACACACAUCUCACUCAUACACAGUCGCUUCUCUACCAAUACCUUCCCCAGCUGGGAAAGGUCACACCCCAAAAGGAUGUUGGCUCACAAUGGAGAGAUUAACACUCUCCGCGGAAACAAGAACCUGAUGCGAGCUCGUGAGGGGGUGAUGCACAGUCAUGUGUAUGGGGACCAGCUACAGAAGCUGUACCCUGUAGUGGAGGAGGGGAUGUCCGACUCGGGGUGUGUGGACAACGUCCUGGAAUUCCUCUGUAUGGCUGGAGGAAGGGAGCUUCCUGAGGCUGUGAUGACUAUGGUCCCCGAGGCCUGGCAGAAUGAUAAGAACAUGUCUGCUGAGAAGAAGGCAUACUACCGCUGGAGUGCCUUUGCUAUGGAACCCUGGGAUGGACCAGCCCUGUUAACAUUCUGUGACGGUCGUUAUGUGGGAGCCAUUCUAGAUAGGAACGGCCUGCGACCUUCACGAUUCUACGUCACCAAGGACAACGUGAUGUACAUGGCAAGUGAAGUCGGUGUGAUUGACAUCCCCGCGGCAGAUGUCAUUCAGAAGGGUCGGUUGAAGCCUGGACGUAUGUUACUGGUGGACACAGAGGACCAGACUUUUAUGAGGGAUGAAGUGAUCAAGCACCACCUAGCGGCACUCAGACCUGUGUCCAAGUGGCUCCAGGAACAGACGAUGUCUCUGGAAGAGAUGAGAAGGUCAUGUGAUCCAGCAUCAUUAAUCCCACCCACGUACGAGCUUAGAGAGACAACACAUGAGAGCUGGCUUCAGAAGGACCCGCGAAUCUCCCUGUUUGGUUACACCUUGGAGAUCAUUAACUUGCUGGUGUUACCAAUGGUCAAAGAGAGGAAGGAAGCCUUAGGAUCUAUGGGUAAUGAUGCCCCCCUGGCUUGUCUGUCAAAGUUUAAUCCUCUGAUCUUCGACUACUUCAAACAAUUAUUUGCCCAGGUCACCAAUCCACCCAUUGACCCCUUCAGAGAGAAGAUUGUCAUGUCACUAGCAUGCCCAGUGGGUCCCGAGGCUAACAUUCUGGAACCAAGUGAGGAGCAGUGUCAGAGACUCUGGCUGGAACAACCCAUACUAUCACUGACUGACCUCCAGGUGUUAAAGGCGGUCAAUCACAGAGGAUGGAGGAGUAAAGUGAUUGACAUUGUGUUUCUGCUGGAAGAAGGAGGUGAUGGACUUGUUCCAGCUCUACAGAACGUUUGUCAGCAGGCAGCGGAGGCCGUAACCCAGGGAUACAAACUUAUCAUACUAUCUGACCGUAAAACAAGCUCCAACACAGUACCCAUACCGUCUCUGCUGGCAGGGGGAGCAGUUCACCACCAUCUGAUUGAGCAGAAACUACGACUCAAGGUUGGCAUCGUCAUGGAGACCGGAGAGGCCAGAGAGGUUCACCACCUGUGUACACUACUAGGGUAUGGAGUUGAUGCCAUUUGUCCGUACCUUGUAUAUGAGACAGUAGCUCGACUGAGAGGUCACGGUCUGCUGAAUCCCCCACUCUCAGACAAGGACGUGUUUGACAGCUACCAAGCCGCCUGUGCCCGAGGAAUCUCCAAGGUCAUGGCCAAAAUGGGAAUAUCCACUCUCCACAGUUACAAGGGGGCACAGAUCUUUGAAGCUCUGGGACUCCAUGAUGAAGUGGUUGACAUGUGUUUUAGAGGAACAGCUUCCAGGAUCGGAGGUGUCACGUUCAAGGAGCUCGCCACGGAGGUAAUGAAUCGUCACAGCCUGGCCUACACCGUGCCUGACGUGGACCAGUACACUGUGAUGAAUCCGGGACUGUACCAUUGGAGAGAUGGGGGUGAACAGCAUAUGAAUGAUCCCCUCAGUGUGGCUAACUUACAGGAUGCUGCCAAAAACAACAGUAAGACAGCAUACGAGAAGUUCUCUGAGUCCGCGUGGAGGAGCGCAGUGAAGUGUUCUCUCCGUGGACAGCUGGACUUUACCAGCAGGGACGGACCUAUCGAUGUAUCGGAAGUAGAACCAGCACAGGAAAUCGUCAAGCGGUUCUGUACAGGUGCCAUGAGUUUUGGCAGUAUCUCCAUCGAGGCACACACCAGUCUGGCAAUAGCCAUGAAUCGGAUCGGGGGAAAGUCUAACACCGGGGAAGGGGGAGAAAAUGCCGACAGAUAUCUCAAUGAAGACCCACAGUUCAACAAGCGAUCUAAGAUCAAGCAGGUGGCGUCUGGAAGAUUUGGGGUUACCAGUUCAUACCUGACAAACGCUGAUGAACUCCAGAUUAAAAUGGCUCAGGGAGCUAAACCUGGAGAGGGGGGAGAGCUGCCCGGUCACAAGGUGUCUAAAGACAUCGCCAAAACUCGUCACUCCAUCCCCGGGGUGGGGCUCAUCAGUCCUCCCCCCCAUCAUGAUAUCUACUCCAUAGAGGACCUGGCAGAGUUGAUAUAUGACCUGAAAUCGUCCAAUCCUAACGCUAGGAUUAGUGUGAAACUGGUGUCAGAGGCCGGUGUGGGGAUCAUCGCUGCAGGAGUUUCCAAGGGAAAAGCUGAACACAUCACAAUCUCAGGACACGAUGGAGGGACGGGGGCGAGUUCUUGGACGGGGAUCAAAAAUGCUGGGUUACCAUGGGAACUGGGAAUUGCAGAAACGCACCAGAUUUUGGUUAUGAAUGACCUCAGGUCAAGGGUCGUACUACAGGCUGAUGGCCAAAUUCGAUCAGGGCGUGAUGUGGUGAUUGCAGCGAUGCUUGGAGCAGAUGAAUACGGAUUCUCCACAGCACCUCUUAUUGCACUUGGGUGUACCAUGAUGAGAAAAUGUCACCUUAACACCUGUCCUGUUGGCAUAGCAACACAGGACCCAGUACUCCGGGCUAAGUUUGCUGGUAAACCGGAGUAUGUGGUGAAUUAUCUGUUCCUGCUGGCUGAGGAGAUACGGGAGAUUCUAGCCAAGCUCGGCCGCCGUAGUCUACAGGAAGUGAUUGGAUGUACAGAGCUCCUAAAGUUUUCUCCAGAUCCCGAGAACCACAAGGCUAAGCUUCUGGACUUUCAGCUGAUUCUAAAGAACGCCCUGACUCUCAGACCAAACACCAACAUGGUCGGGGGCAGUGUCAGCCAGAUAUUUGACCUUGACAAGCGACUGGAUUAUAAAGUGUUGGAGAAGUGUCGGGAUGUCAUUGAUGGUAAACAGAAGAGUGUGACACUGAACAUGAACAUUUGUAAUGAGGACAGAACCUUUGGAGCCACUCUUAGUUACUAUAUAUCUAAGAAGACAGUAGAGGACGGCCUUCCCGAGGGCAGCAUCAACAUCAUCCUGAAGGGGUCGGGGGGACAGAGCUUCUGUGCCUUCCUGGCCCGGGGGGUACAUGUGACCCUAGAGGGAGACGCUAAUGAUUAUGUAGGAAAGGGUCUUUCUGGAGGUGAAGUGGUCAUCUAUCCCCCUAAAGACUCCGUGUUUAACUCUGUGGAUAACAUCAUUGUUGGUAACGUGGUGCUGUACGGAGCCACGUCAGGAAAAGCGUUCUUCCGUGGACAGACGGCAGAGAGGUUCUGUGUCAGGAACUCCGGGGUGACCGCUGUGUCAGAGGGCUGUGGAGAUCACGGAUGUGAGUACAUGACCGGCGGCCGCGUCCUGAUACUGGGACUGACAGGUAGAAACUUCGCUGCUGGAAUGUCAGGGGGACUGGCCUUUGUUUAUGAUAAGCAGCGAGUGUUUGAGUCCAAGUGUAACAAGAUGUCAGUAGACCUGGAGAGCCUGGAGCUGUCGGAGGACUGUGACUUUAUACAGGAACUGCUGAAGGAAUUCCAUGAGAAAACAGGCUCUGUACAGGCACUGAAUAUCCUAGAGAACUGGGCCCAGGAGAAGCAGUACUUUGUUAAGGUAUUUCCACAUGAGUAUCGCCGGGCUCUGAGGGAGAUUGCAGAGGAGGAAGAAGCCAAGAAAAAGUUGGACAUUAUGAACGGCGUCAUUAACGGAGAGACGGACGAUAAAGAUUAUGACGAGGAUGAGAUAGAGGAGACAGACAAGGUAGAGAAGAGUAAGGUUGUUGAUAUUGAGGAGACAAUUCCUAAUGCUACACAGAACCAGAAGAACUUAAAGAAACUAGACAAACUCAGAGGUUUUAUGAAGUACAGUCGAGCCAGCUACCAAUACAGAGAUGCCAAAACCAGACAGAAAGACUGGAAAGAAAUCUACAACCACAAAGUGGUCAAAGACGGACUCAAAGUUCAAGCCGCUAGGUGUAUGGAUUGUGGUGUACCAUUUUGUCAGUCACAUGAUGGUUGUCCCCUGAGUAACAUUAUUCCAAAGUGGAAUGACCUUGUCUUCAAGGACGAUUGGAAGGAUGCCUUGAAUGAGCUUCUACAGACCAACAAUUUCCCAGAAUUCACUGGGAGAGUGUGCCCCGCCCCUUGUGAGGGAGCCUGUGUAUUGGGCAUUAAUUCUCCAGCUGUCACCAUUAAGAACAUCGAGUGUGCCAUUAUCGACCAUGCUUUUGAGAUGGGAUGGAUAAAACCAGAGAUUCCUCACACACGCACCGGCAAAAAGAUUUCUGUGAUCGGGAGUGGACCAGCGGGAUUAGCGGCUGCUGCUCAACUGAACAAGGCCGGUCACACAGUGACGGUGUACGAGAGGAAUGAUCGAGUCGGGGGUCUACUUAGAUACGGUAUCCCCACAAUGAAGCUCGGCAAAGAUGUCGUACAGAGACGAGUGGACCUGAUGAUGGAGGAGGGAAUUACUUUUGUCUGUGGACAGGAAGUGGGUAAAGAUGUGUCCGCCUGUAAAAUAAUGGAGGAGAGUGAUGCCAUGGUCCUAGCCCUGGGGGCCACCUACCCCCGGGAUCUACCUAUACCAGGCAGGAAUUUGAAUGGUAUUCACUUUGCCAUGAGUUUCCUUGAGACCUGGCAGAAAGUCCAGAGUGGAAAUGAGAUGGAUUACCUCAAACUAUAUGCCAAGGACAAGGAUGUCGUCAUCAUUGGGGGCGGGGACACAGGCUGUGACUGUAUCGCUACCUCUCUCAGACAGGGAGCAAAGAGUAUAACGUCUUUUGAGAUUCUCCCUCCUCCCCCUCCCUUACGGGCCGCCAACAAUCCCUGGCCCACCUGGCCGCGGGUUUUCAAGGUCGAUUACGGACACGAGGAGGUCAAACUCAAGUUUGGGAAGGACCCCAGAAUCUUCAACAUCAAAAGCACGGAAUUUGUGGAUGACGGUAAAGGCAAUGUGACUGGAAUCAAAACGAUUAAAGUGGAAUGGAAAAAAGAUGAGGCCGGCAGAUGGAACAUGUCUGAUAUACCAGGGUCUGAGGAGUUCAUCAAGUGUGACUUGGUUCUCCUGGCGAUGGGAUUCCUGGGACCAGAGAAAAAGAUUGUGGAGGAGCUGAAAGCAAAGCUUGACCCCCGGGGAAAUCUGGAGACCCCCCGUAAUAAGUACUCCACAAGUAUCCCCAAUGUAUAUGCUGCUGGAGAUUGUAGGCGUGGCCAGUCAUUAGUGGUCUGGGCAAUCUCCGAAGGACGACAGGCGGCCCGUCAAGUUGACUUUGAUUUGAUGGGAUCUACUAGUUUGGCGGGGCCGGGUGGAAUAGUGUAUCAACCUGAGCAGUGAUUGACAGAGAGGGCGGAGUCAGGCUAGGACAGCAGGGGAGAGAAUCUGACAAAGGGAGGUCACUGUGUACCAACAAAGGACAUCUGUGACAUAUAGGGAUCGUAACUGGCUGUUGGAAGUUUUCUUUGUCAAAAGCAAAACAAACAUUGUGUGAUACAAAAAGAGAAAUAUUUAAGUUGUAGAUAUGAAACUUUGAUGUUAAGCAGGGGACUUUGAUCAUGUACAUAUAACAGGUGUGAAUCUCAUUUUAAUUGGAUUUAGAAUUUUGUCUUUAUCGGUGCUUGUAGAAAUGUUUGAAAAUGAUUGAUUCUUGUAAGUCCUUAUAAAAAUGAUGCAUUAUUUGUCAGUAAUUAUAAAAUGAUGGAUUGGUUUACAGAACUUUACUGAAAAAUUAUAAUGUUGUAAAGAGAAGUAGGUAAAAUACAACUUGUUGUCACAGCUCUGUUUAGUAUUAAAUAAAAAAUAUGUGUAGAAACAUUUUUAAUCCCAAGUAUCAUGGUGUCAGUUGUUAGUUUUUUUUUGAUUGAUAUAAUGUUAAUAUUUUUUUUAUAUAUUUAGUGUAGAUCUUGGUGACUGCUUGAUUAUGAAUUUGAUCUUGUUGAAUUUUAAAAUAGAUCGUGUUGCACUUUUAUUUAUGUCAUAGUCACUGAAAAUAUUCUGGUUGAAAAAAUAGCACCAGUAAAAUAUGAACAAGAUUAUAAUUCCUAAGAUUAGCUGAUUUCAUUAAUCUUCCUUGUUAUAAUUACUAAUAUUAGCUAAUUCUGUUAGUCUUCCUUGCUGUAAAUCUGUGCUGAUUCAUGGAAAAGUUCUAUUAUUCAGACUUGUGGUCAUUGUAUAAACUUGAAAUGAAGGGUAAAUUGCACAAUAUCUUGCAGAAGAUAACAAUGAACUAUAUUAAGACUGUUAAUGAAGUCUUUUUUUUUGUGUUGGUUGUAACAGUUUUUGAUGUUCCAGUAACGAGUCAUUUUCUGUUAUUCCUUUUUUUUUGAAUAAGAUUUUAAUUUUUGUCUGUAACAGGUAUUUGCUUUUACAGAAUUUUUUUUAAUAUGCAAAUAUAAACACUUGUCCCACUUGGAAUACUUAUCAGUCUGUUAA